ACAGGGACUCUGAGCGUGGCCGGGCUCGGAGGGAACCCGCCACGGAGUGUGGGGUCUGCAGCCCUGUCGUCUCCCGCGUCCCCUGCCUGGCCUGCCGCCCCCGGCCCCCUGACAGCUGGGUUUCCGCAGGCUGGUGCCUACCCGGCGCGGCCCGGCGCUUCCUUGCCUACUGCGUUUGAAUGACCCGAAAAUUUAAGAUGAUUUUAUUCUGGAUUGACAGUUUGGGUUCGAACGCCUUCAAAAAGGGCGCCUCGAGUAGUUGUCAGACGCCUGUGUACUGUAUACGCCCUCUCCGCGCGUUCUGGCUACUUCCUUUCACCGCCUCCUCGAAUUACCCCUUCCUGAGUCCUCCCAGCCGCCUUCCCUUGUUUGUGAAUGCGACGUUCCCUCCGCAGAGUUCUGCUCAUCUGAGUGUUGUCUCCACAGCGAAGUUGCUGGCCCGGGAAAGGGUUCCUGUUUCGAUCCACAUAGGCUUCUGUCAAGGGGUGCAGGGAUGCCCAGAGCAUCCCUUUUCAGUUAGCUCUGAUGGACUGUGCUGGGUUUACCAAACUUCUUGGUCCUGAUGUCUGACCAUGGAGAUGUGAGCCUCCCACCCGAAGACCGGGUGAGGGCUCUCUCGCAGCUGGGCAGUGCAGUGGAGGUGAAUGAAGACAUUCCACCCCGUCGCUACUUCCGCUCUGGAGUUGAGAUGAUUAGAAUGGCAUCCAUUUACUCUGAAGAAGGCAACAUUGAACAUGCCUUCAUCCUCUAUAACAAGUAUAUCACGCUCUUUAUUGAGAAACUGCCAAAGCAUCGAGAUUACAAGUCGGCUAUCAUUCCUGAAAAGAAAGAUACAGUAAAGAAGUUAAAGGAAAUUGCAUUUCCCAAAGCUGAAGAGCUGAAGGCAGAGUUGUUGAAACGAUAUACCAAAGAAUAUGCACAAUACGCUGAAGAAAAGAGGAAGGAGGCAGAGGAAUUUGCCCGAAACAUGGCCAUCCAACAAGAGCUGGAAAAGGAGAAACAGAGGGUAGCCCUACAAAAGCAGCAGCAGUUGGAGCAGGAACAGUUUCAUGCCUUUGAGGAAAUGAUCCGGAACCAGGAACUAGAAAAGGAGCGACUAAAAAUUGUACAGGAGUUUGGGAAGGUGGACCCUGGCCAAGGAGGUCCGCUGGUACCUGACUUGGAAAAGCCCUCGUUAGAUGUGCUCCCCACCUCGCCUGUUUCAUCCACACAGCCUGCAGACUGUAAUUCAGCCCUAAGGCCGGCCAAGCCACCAGUAGUGGACAGGUCCUUGAAACCUGGAGCACUGAGCAACUCUGAAAGUAUUCCUACAAUCGAUGGGUUGCGUCAUGUGGUGGUGCCUGGAAGGCUGUGCCCACAGUUUCUUCAGUUAGCCAGUGCCAACACUGCCCGGGGAGUAGAAACCUGUGGAAUUCUCUGUGGAAAACUGAUGAGGAAUGAAUUUACCAUUACCCACGUGCUCAUCCCCAAGCAAAGUGCUGGGUCCGAUUAUUGCAACACAGAGAAUGAAGAAGAACUCUUUCUCAUACAGGACCAACAGGGCCUCAUCACACUGGGCUGGAUUCAUACGCAUCCCACACAGACUGCCUUUCUUUCCAGUGUUGACCUGCACACUCACUGCUCCUACCAGAUGAUGUUGCCAGAGUCAAUAGCCAUCGUCUGCUCCCCCAAGUUCCAGGAAACUGGAUUCUUUAAAUUAACUGACCAUGGACUAGAGGAGAUUUCUUCCUGUCGCCAGAAAGGAUUCCAUCCACACAGCAAAGAUCCACCUCUGUUCUGUAGCUGUAACCAUGUGACUGUUGUGGACAGAGCAGUGACCAUCAUGGACCUUCGAUGAGAAUUUGACUCACACACCUGAGAACUGUAAACCUUAUCUGUGUACUGUAGCCCCUUGAUCUGAGCUUUCCAGGAAGAUCUGGAAGCUUUUUAAGACAGAAUAAGACCUGGAUAUCACUUGGGGAAGAACUGAUUUUCUGUAUCAGUUUGAAAUGAAGAAACUGGAUAUGUCUUUUUAGACAAAUCUGGAAAGGAUCAUGAUCACAGAAAAGCCAACUAACUUGAAAAUUAAAUUGAGAGACUGGUAUAAUCAAGACUCACAUACCUUUCUUUCUAGAUUCACAAAUUGUUCACUUUCUGUUGCUCUCGUCUGUCUUCUAAUUUCCCUGCCAACUUGUUUAUUAUCUACCUUCGGACUAAAUGAGAGCGUCUCUGCAGAAAUUUGAAGCCAUUUAGAAAUGCUUUGGGAUUGUCCUUCAGUUUAGGCAACUGAUUACCAGGGGGAGGAGCAGAUGGUGAGGCUCAGGAACCCUGAAGAAUGAUGUUAUCAGAAAUUAUGUUAUUUAACAAACACUUCAGGAUAUUUUUCCUCUAUAAUAAAGUAAUACUAAACUUA